AUGGAAGAUCAAAAUAUCACAGUACGGCGGAAUAAAGCCGUCGUAAACGAAUCACUGAACACAUCAUUUUUAAACACAUCAUUUUUAUCCACCGGCUCAGACUAUCAAUCGAAAAGUUUGCCGGAUUUAUCAUCGGGUCAUAUAAACACGGAAGAAAUUGACGAGUUAAAGGCAGAAAUUAAAGAACUAAGAACUAAACUUCAAGUCGCUCACUUGGAAAUAGAAAAAAUUUCAUUAGAAAAUAUCGAACUCAAAAAAAUACGCGCUUCACAUCGGUCAGUGGUGUGUCGCGUGACGGUGAGUCAGUGUCGAGAGAACGAGACGGACGCGCUGUGCGAGACGGAGCGGCCGCUACCACCAUACGCGGCGAUAAACGAUAAGUCUCAUCGCUGA